CCGAACAGAAGCAAACGUUGUAGCAGGAGCGGACCGCGGCCCAGCCCCAAAGUCUCGUCGCAAACCCCAAGCUCUGCCGCCGCCGUCCGCCCCCAGCCCCCUCGGCCCCUGCCCUCUUCCACGACCAUGGCGGCUGCGCCGUAGCCGGCCCGGUUGAUCUUGAUUAACAGAUUGGUGUUCCGCCUGCCGACCGAUGGACCAUUCCGCCAAGAGCCGCAACCCCGCUGCCGAUCUCACCGACGACCUUGUCGUUGAGAUCCUCUCGAGGCUGCCCGUCAAAUCUGUCUGCCGUUUCAAGUGCGUCUCAUGGCACUGGCGCGGCCUCAUCACCCACCGGGCCUACCGCAAGAAGCUCCCCCAGUCCCUCUUGGGUUUCUUCCGCGGAAUCACACCACGGCUCGGCGCCAUGUUAACUGUUUCCGAUUUUGUCAGCAUUUCAGGAGCGGAAGAACAGCCUGUUUCUGAUCCGUCACUUUCUUUCCUGAUCGGCUACACAACCAUUGUACCUAAGGACUGCUGCAACGGCCUACUCUUCCUUCACUGCCGGAAGGUUUCCCCCAGUCCCAGAUAUGAAUUCGAUUACGUGGUGUGCAAUCCAGCGACCGAGAAAUGGCUAAUCUUGCCCUCUUCUGACCGGAAGACCCAGGUCUACGUAAGUCGCUUGGGUUUCGAUCCAGCAGUUUCCUCCCAUUUCCAUCUGUUCUCAAUGCUAGAGGAUGUGGAAGGGUACAUCACCGGAGUAGAUAUAUACUCGUCAAGAGUGGGAGCUUGGAGUCACAGUGAAAAUGGUUGGGGCGAUGAUGUUGCAUUGUAUGACAAAAGCGUUUUUCUCAAUGGCAUGCUGCAUUUCAUCUCUCUUGAUUCAACCAUAGUUGCUGUGGACAGGGAGGGCAAGUCAUGGAGGACUAUUCCUUUGUUGGACACUAUGGGUGCUGAAAAUAUUUGGAAUUUGAAUGCUGCUUUCAUUGAUCAGUCUCAGGGUCGGUUGCAUUAUCUGAAUGUUAGGGAAAGAGAUGCCUCUACACUCUCAGUCUGGAUCCUGGAGAACUACCAGAGCGGUGAAUGGAACUUUAAGUACAACAUUAGCACCUCCCGGCUUCUCGGACAUAAGGGUUUGAUAAAUGGAGGACAAUACACUUUGAUUGCAAUUCACCCAGAAUGCAGUUUGAUUUUCUAUAUUAUGCGUGGCGGGGAUGUGCUAAUGUCAUAUGACAUGGAUCAUGGGGAGGUUCGUCCUAUCUGUAGCCUCAGGGUAAAAUUAUAUGGGUCAUGUCCAUAUCUUCCAUAUGUGCCCUUGUUCACGGAAUCAUUGGCUAAUCAUGACUAGAUAUGAUAUGCACAACGCAAAGGUCAAUAACUGAUUCCUUGAGAUGACAUCGAUGCCUUUCCAUUUAUUGAUCUUGAGCUGUGGCAAAAUUAUACCAUGGAGCAGCACCUUGGGUAUUUGGUUUUGCGGUACUUUUGUCUGUACUUUUGAUUCAAACCUACUUUUUAUAGCAAUUUCAGUUUGGAACCAUGGAGAUCAUAUAAGUUGAUUUUGCAUUAUCAGUGAUUCA